AUGGAGACCAAUCUGCUGCGCUCUUCUACGACUGACGAAGCCGUGAUCGCUCAGCAGACCCAUGCUGCGGAGUCCACAUACGACGUGGACGAGGGGAACGACGUUUGGGACAAUCAAGGCGAAGAGGUCGUCCAGGACGGCGAACUUAUCGAGAUGGUCCCCAUCGUGGCUGCCGAGAAUGAAGAUCAAGCGCAAGCGGCGGAAAGCGGCACUAGUAGCGAGAGCGAGGCAUCGCAGGCGUCCGCCGCUCCCGUGGAGGCUGACCCGGAAACGGGAGUAGUCGAAGCCGUUAAGUCGGCUCCUCCUCCUCCUCCUCCUCCUGAAGCCGCCGUCUCACCGCCACUCGCCGAGCUGAUCGACGACCAGAAGCUGCAGGCCGACAAGGAGGCCGAACGGAUGGACAAGGAGAUGCGCGACUACGAGCUCACUACCGUAGAGCUGUACCCGGAGAGCAGGCUAGUCAUUCUGCUUGCCUUGCUCUGCAUCUUAUGGAUCCUUUUUCUCAUCCUGACCGCCGCGGUCAAGCACGGAGUCAGACCCGGCUGCGAGACUAGUACCAGGGCCGACGGCAGCUCCCACGACGACCACAGCACGGAGUUAACUACCGGUGGCGACGAAACGCCACCAGGUGGCCGGACUACGGGUCCCACCAGCAUAACACCCUCGGUCGGUCCCGUUGGACCCGUCGUACCUACACGGCCCCCGCGCACUACGGAAGAGCCGCUGCACGACGUGUUCAUUUGCUCUACCGAGUACUGCAAGAAGGAAGGCGACUACCUGAGAAGUCUGACGUCGCAGUCGUCCAAGCGGGCCUGCGAUGAUUUCUACGAGUACGUAUGCGAGGCCUGGAAGAAGUACGCCACUCCGCUGCGGGACAACCAGCCUGGCGCUGCUGUCUCCACCGACACCCUGCUACAGAGGGCCAUGGAGGACCGCUUGCUGGCGUACAUCAAGGAUCCAACGCACGCUGACGUGGCACCGGCACGUACCAUGCAUGAAAGCUGCACGAAUCGAGCCGACGCGGACGCGGCACUCCUGAGCGUGAAGGAGUUGUUCCGAAGUUGGGGCUCCGAGUGGCCCCGCACCGCCAGUUCCGGAGGCACACCAGACGAUGUGUGGCGGUUCGCCGGCAAGCUGCUGAGAGUCCUCGGUGUGCCCUCUAUCGUAGGCGUCGAAAUUGGCCUGGAACCUCGCGACCUGGACAAAACGAUCGUCGAGGUAGGGCCACCAAAGGGGACCAUCUUCUACGCCAAAGACAUCUCCGACCAUCGUGUCAUGGCACUGUUCACUGAUGCAGUACGGUCCGCCGCGCAGGAGCUCAACCCCCAAGAUGCCGCUGCUGCCAACGCCGCCGGCACAGACGUGUCGAUCGCGCUCGCGUCGCUCUCGUUGCUCCAUCUGGACGACCUCGGAACUUCGCCGCUUGACUUCGAGAUCGAGAGUUUCGGGGCGCUAGGCAAGGGUGUGCAGGCGUUCAUGCGCGUCGUCUUUGAGAAGGUCACAGCUUUUAGCGCCGGUACUCGCGUAAUGGUGCACCGGGGUCAACUGGUGCGACACGACAUCGACAAUACUGUAAAUAGCGCACCACCUCGAGCGAUGCUCAAUUACCUCGGACUUCUCGCCCUGGUGUCUCUGGCUCCGUUUCUGCCGGACCGGCUCGCUCAACUUCGCGUGCUUCACUCGGUGUACACUCUAGGGCAUGCCGAGGCCCCAACCACGGAGCGACUUUGCCUUCGCGCUGUGGUCCAGGCGUACCCGGCAUGCAUAAUCAAGGCUUCUCGAGAGGUUCACAAGGACGUGCGGCGGUCCGUGUGGUUGUCACAGCUGGAGUCGCUCUUUGUUGGCUACGUGCACGGCGUUUCUUGGAUGGACAACCUCACGUCACUCUUCGUUCGCUAUAAGAUGCGCCACCACCGCUUCGAGAGGUUUUUCCCGACCAGGACCUUAGAUCAGUGCAAGCAAGCCGCUACCCAAGGCACACCCAAGGCCAUGGAUGCUUUCCUGGGAGCGGUUGGCCUGCGGCAAACGGAGAUACUCAGUCAGUAUGGAAAGAGCCUGCUCCCCGUCGGUCUGGGUUCACCACUCUCCGUCUGGGCCCGGUAUCGGCUGUGCCUGCAGCUGAUGCAGAUACCCGUCGGGCUGGUCAACAUCUCGGUGCCCACGAACGGCACAGUCUUCGCGCUGCACCUGGCGCGCUUCGCCGUGCGCCUGUACUCGGGCCUGUCGCAGCUGCUGUACGAAGGUACCGUGUACGAGCUGGAGAUCCCGCUGUACUUCACCGAGGAAGCGGAGCGCGCGCUCGACGAGGCCCUCGACUGCCUGCUCUGCGACGCGCGACGCCGCUUCCCGUACGGUCUCGACGCUGACCGGGUGCGCAACGCCCUGCUCGAACAGGUUCUGGCCCUCCAGCUGGCAUUCAUGGCCUUCCGGAACCUUAUGGGCGUGCGUCGCAUCUGGCAUCGCGACUUCCAGCUGUCCACACUACUGGGCGUCACGGCGGACCAGCUCUUUUUCCUCUACUACGCCCUAGACAACUGCGAGCUUAGCGACGAGGUGUUCGAGUCGCACCAGUUCGAGGCACAUCGACGCCUGCCAGCCUCUGUACGCGUCAACAUGGCUCUGCGCCAGUCCGUACACUUCGCGGACUCCUACGGAUGCGCGGCCCAUACGCCAAUGGCGGCCGGAGAGCCCUGUCGUCUUCUCCGCUAGGGGCCGACACCGUACCUGCGUUGGCGGCGCCACCUUGUGCGUGGUUUGAACAGUACAAGCGGAGCUGCUCCAUCCACAAGGAUUUUCGGCGCUAAAGGAAGGGAAAUCGAAAUAGUUUUGUGGACCUUUUGUGCGGUUUUUGAGUGUGUGGCCGCCGUAUAUGUCGCAUGAUGCGGAAACAACUUUACUGGUCGCUUUAAGUGGAAUACCCGCAGUGAGUGUGGGGAACUCGACGCCUGACUUCACUUAUAAAGAAUUGGCUGCCUCGUGGACGAUGGGACGUAAUUCAGAGUGCCGUAAACGUUUUUGUCAUUAGUCGUUGAACAACACUUUACAGGGCAGCGGGAUUUGUGUUAACUUCAGGUACACAUAAUCGUCCUCUUGAGCGCAAUUCAUUCAGUGGAAAAAUGCACUUUAUUAUAUACUUUCCUUUAUUAGAAC